AUGACUACUCUUAAUAAUGUUUCCAUUGAUCUAAGAUCAAAAAAGAAAAAGAAAAGAUCAUUGUCAUCAUCCUUUUUUGGCGAUGAUGAUGAUGAGCAGGAACAGGAAUUGUCUCCAACCUUUCAUCGAAGAGAUGUUGUUCCCAGUCACUUUUUACUCAAAAUAGACUCAUUUCACUCUCUUUCAAAAUCCUCAGCAUUAGCUUCCUACAGUUCAGAGUUUGAAAGUGGAGGCUACAAAUGGCAACUAACUAUUUUCCCCAAUGGGGACAUUUAUAAUGGUGGGGAAGAUCAUCUCUCUGUUUCAUUGGAACUCCUAAACUCAAAUUCUCUCCCUCUUGGCUGGGAAGUACAUGCUAUUUUUACAUUUUUCCUGUUUGAUCAGAUUCGGGACCAGUAUGUAUCAACUUCUCAAGGUAAUGCAAGAGUAAUGAGGUUCCACUCAAUGAGGACAAAAUGGGUUAUUCCUAAGUACAUUGAGCUUAAGACCUUCAACGAUGACUCCAAUGGAUACCUUGUGAAUGAGAGUUGUGCUUUUGGUGCAGAGGUUUUUGUGGUCAAAAACACAUUCAAAGGAGAGUGCUUAUCAAUGAUUGUCGACCCAAUUGAGACCAUUCAUACUUGGAAGUUUGUUGCUAUUUCAACAAAGAAUCAAGAACGGUAUGAGUCUGAUCCAUUUGUUGGUGGAGCCUACAAAUGGAGGAUUUUGGUUUAUCCUAAUGGGUUAGCAGAAGGCAAAGGAACACACAUUUCAUUAUUUUUGCAAUUGGAGAUUUCAAGUCUUCCACCAGACACAAAACUCUUUGUUCGUUACGUUUUGCGUUUGAAUAACCAAACUAAUUAUACUAAUCGAAAUAAUUUCGAGACAAAAGGUGAUAGACCAGGAACUGUUUCUCAUCAUCCAGUAACGAAUGGGGUUUUCGACAAUUCAUGUCACUGGCAAAGUUUGAACACUUAG